CCCCUCUUCCCUUCGCGCGAGUGAUAAACAGUCAAUGCGUUGGUGUCGUGUUCCUCCAACUCCCGCUCCUCUGUCCUGCACUUUUCGACAUAAUCUUUCACGCCCCGGGGAAAUCUUCACCAUUCCCCGAGCCCUCACAUCACUUGUCCUUAGACACACUACCUAAUAGCGGCGCCUCGCUCCUCUUCCCCGAGCCACCGCUUCUUUCUGCCAAGAUACCCUCCUUCCCGUUUGCAAUAGAGAUACCCACUGAGCUCAAUUGAGGCUCAUUACACACUCUCUUACACCUGCUGCCCCGCCGACACACCCCACCAUGCGUCCCGAGAUCGAGCAGGAGCUCGCCCACACGCUGCUCGUCGAGCUGCUUGCAUACCAGUUCGCCUCGCCUGUGAGGUGGAUUGAGACGCAAGAUGUCGUGCUCGGCGAAAAGACCACCGAGCGCAUUGUCGAAAUUGGCCCUGCAGACACGCUGGGUGUGAUGGCAAAGCGGACACUGGCCUCCAAGUACGAAGCACACGACGCCGCGCUCUCGGUGCAACGGCAAAUUCUGUGCUACAACAAAGACGCAAAAGACAUCUACUACGAUGUGGACCCCGUAGAGGAGGAGCCAGAGCCUGCUGCGGGCGGUGGUGGAGGCGCCCCGGCAGCAUCUUCCACACCUGCAGCGGCAGCACCAGUUGCCGCAGCUCCUCCGCCUGGCGCAGGACCAGCAGCCCAGGUGCCAGAUGCGCCAGUCACAGCAACCGACAUCCUGCGGGCGUUGGUGGCCCAGAAGCUGAAAAAGCCACUCAUGGACAUCCCCCUGGCGAAGGCCAUCAAAGAUUUGGUCGGAGGCAAGUCUACGCUCCAAAACGAGAUUCUCGGAGACCUGGGCAAGGAAUUCGGCUCCACCCCCGAGAAGCCGGAAGACACGCCCCUCGACGAGCUGGGUGCUUCGAUGCAGGCUACCUUCAAUGGUCAGCUUGGAAAGCAAUCCUCUUCGCUCAUUGCCCGCAUGGUCUCCUCGAAGAUGCCUGGUGGCUUCAACAUCACUGCGGUGCGGAAACACUUGGAGACUCGAUGGGGCCUCGCACAAGGACGCCAAGACGCACUCUUGCUGCUCGCCAUCACCAACGAGCCUGCAGCGCGUCUGGGUUCAGAGGCCGACGGAAAGGCGUUCCUCGACGAGCAGGCGAACAAAUAUGCUGCGAUUGCUGGUGUCAACCUGUCUGCUCCAGUGGCAGCAGGCGGCGACGCAGGUGCUGGCGGCGGCAUGAUGAUGGACCCCGCUGCCAUCGACGCGCUGACCAAGGACCAGCGCCAACUCUUCAAGCAGCAGCUAGAGCUCUAUGCGAGGUAUCUGAAGAUCGACCUGCGCGCUGGAGACAAGUCCUUUGUCGACUCACAAAAGGCUCAGUCUGCGCUUCAGGCCCAAUUGGACCUGUGGACUACCGAGCACGGCGAGUUCUACGCUUCUGGAAUUGAACCGCAGUUCACCCCGCUCAAGGCGCGAGUCUACGAUUCGUCGUGGAAUUGGGCACGUCAGGACGCUCUCACCAUGUACUACGACAUCAUCUUUGGCAAGCUCAAGGCUGUGGAUCGUGAGAUCGUGAGCCGCUGCAUUGCCAUCAUGAACCGAUCAAACCCACUCCUUCUCGACUUCAUGCAGUACCAUAUGGAUCACUGCCCCACCGAGCGCGGCGAGACAUACGAGCUUGCAAAGGAGCUCGGACAGCAGCUCAUCGACAACUGCAAGGAUGUUCUCAACGAGGCCCCUGUCUAUAAGGAUGUUGCUGUACCUACUGCACCACAUCUCGAGAUCGAUGCUAAGGGAAAUAUGAACUACGAAGAGGCCCCCAGAGCGAGCGUUCGCAAGCUGGAGCACUACGUACGUGAGAUGGCUGAAGGAGGAAAACUCUCCGAGUACGGCAACCGCACCAAGGUUCAGAACGACCUCCAGCGCAUCUACAAGCUCAUCAAGCAGCAGCACAAGCUCUCAAAAUCAUCGCAACUGCAAAUCAAGAGCUUGUACAGCAACGUGAUUCGGUCUUUGUCUAUGAACGAAGGCCAGAUCAUGCCAAACGAGAACAGCAAGACACCAAACGGUAAGAAAGGACGUAACGGCCGAGCUGCUCCAAUGAAGGAGGGCAAGGUCGAAACUAUUCCCUUCCUCCAUUUGAAGAGGAAAGACGAUCACGGCUGGGAAUACAGCAAGAAGCUGACAGGUGUCUACCUCGACUGUCUUGAGAACGCUGCCAAGUCUGGUGUCACAUUCCAGGGCAAGCAUGCUCUCAUGACUGGUGCCGGUGCCGGUUCAAUUGGUGCUCAGGUCCUCCAGGGUCUGAUCAGCGGUGGUGCCAAGGUCGUCGUCACUACUUCUCGAUUCUCUCGUGGGGUCACCGAGUACUACCAGUCCAUGUACACACGUUACGGUGCUCGCGGCUCCCAGCUCAUCGUCGUGCCUUUCAACCAAGGCAGCAACCAAGAUGUCGAGGCUUUGGUGGAAUACAUCUUCGACACGAAGAAGGGUCUAGGGUGGGAUCUGGAUCUCGUCAUUCCCUUCGCUGCCAUUCCUGAAAACGGCCGUGAAAUCGACAACAUCGAUUCCAAGUCCGAACUUGCCCACCGCAUCAUGCUGACCAAUCUUCUUCGCAUGUUGGGUGCUAUCAAGAAGCACAAGCAGACUCAUGGCUAUGAAACUCGCCCGGCCCAGGUCAUCCUGCCUUUGUCUCCCAACCACGGUACUUUCGGUAACGAUGGCUUGUACUCCGAGUCGAAGAUGUCUCUCGAGACACUAUUCUCAAGAUGGCAUUCGGAGAGCUGGAGCAACUACCUCACAAUUUGCGGUGCUGUCAUCGGCUGGACUCGUGGCACAGGUCUCAUGGGCGCCAACAACGUUGUCGCUGAGGGCAUCGAGAAGUAUGGUGUGCGCACUUUCUCUCAGCAAGAGAUGGCUUUCAACUUGCUUGGUCUCAUGGCUCCACCAAUCGUCAACCUCUGCCAAAUUGAGCCUGUAUGGGCUGACUUGAACGGUGGUUUCCAGUACAUCCCUAACCUCAAGGACCUCAUGACCGAUCUUCGCAAGGACCUCACAGAGACAAGUGACGUUCGCAGGGCUGUCAUUAAGGAGAACGCCAUCGAGAACAAGAUCAUCAAUGGUGAGGCAAGCGAGGCCUUGUAUCAGAAGGCCAAGAUCGAGCCAAGAGCCAACAUGAAGUUCGACUUCCCUAAGCUGCCUGACUGGGACACUGAGGUCAAGCCUCUCAACGACGAUCUCAAGGGUAUGGUGGACCUCGAAAAGGUUGUUGUUGUGACUGGUUUUGCUGAGGUAGGUCCAUGGGGUAACUCCAGGACACGUUGGGAGAUGGAAGCCUACGGCGAGUUCUCGCUAGAAGGCUGCGUCGAGAUGGCCUGGAUUAUGGGCUUGAUCAAGAAUCACAAUGGCCCGCUCAAGGGAAAGACUUACUCUGGCUGGGUGGAUGCCAAGACCGGCGAGCCAGUCGACGACAAGGACAUCAAGCCAAAGUACGAGAAGUACAUCCUGGACCAUUCCGGCAUUCGUCUCAUCGAGCCGGAGUUGUUCCACGGCUACGACCCCAAGAAGAAGCAGCUCAUGCAGGAGAUCCAGAUCGAGGAGGACCUCGAUCCCUUUGAGGCCUCCAAGGAGCUUGCAGAUGAAUUCAAGCGACAGCAUGGUGACAAGGUUGAGAUCUUCGCCAUCGAGGACUCCGGAGAAUUCACUGUUCGAAUGAAGAAGGGCGCGACUCUUCUCAUCCCUAAGGCUCUGCGAUUCGAUCGCCUUGUUGCUGGUCAGAUACCAACAGGCUGGGAUGCGAAGAAGUACGGUAUUCCCGAGGACAUCAUCUCUCAGGUCGACCCCGUCACUCUUUUCGUGCUCGUUUCAACAGCAGAGUGUCUUCUUUCCAGCGGUAUCACCGAUCCAUAUGAGUUCUACCAGUAUGUUCACCUUUCUGAGGUCGGUAACUGCGUUGGUUCUGGUAUCGGUGGUACUACUGCGUUGCGGGGCAUGUACAAGGAUCGCUUCCUUGACAGGCCUGUCCAGAAGGAUAUCCUGCAGGAGUCUUUCAUCAAUACCAUGAGCGCCUGGGUAAACAUGUUGCUCAUGUCGUCCACUGGUCCCAUCAAGACUCCUGUCGGUGCUUGUGCCACGGCUGUCGAGUCGAUUGAUAUCGGUUACGACACGAUUGUCGAAGGCAAGGCUCGCGUCUGCUUCGUCGGUGGUUUCGAUGACUUCCAGGAGGAAGGCUCCUACGAGUUUGCCAACAUGAAGGCUACUAGCAACGCUGAAGAUGAAAUCAAGCAUGGCCGCACUCCUGCGGAGAUGUCUCGUCCGACCACGACCACCAGGAACGGUUUCAUGGAAUCCCAAGGUUGCGGUAUGCAAGUCAUCAUGGAUGCCAAGCUGGCGCUGGAUAUGGGGUUGCCAAUCUACGGUAUCCUUGGUUUCACCGCCACGGCUACCGACAAGAUCGGUCGCUCAGUGCCUGCUCCGGGUAAGGGUGUCUUGACAACUGCGCGUGAGACACCUUCCAAGUUCCCAUCGCCUCUGCUGGACAUCAAGUACAGAAGGCGACAGAUGGAUCUGCGCCGGAAGCAAAUCAAGCAGUGGCAGGAGUCCGAGGUGAUGUAUCUUCAAGAAGAGCUUGCAGCUAUGAAGGAAGCUACUAGUGAAGACUUCAACGAAGCCGACUAUCUCCAGGAGCGUGCCGCCAAUAUUGAGCUUGAAGCCAAGCGACAGGAGAAGGAAGCUCUCAACAGUCUUGGAAACAACUUCUGGAAGAAGGAUCCUCGCAUUGCACCCCUCCGCGGUGCCCUCGCUACAUGGGGCCUGACUAUUGACGACCUCGACGUAGCUUCGUUCCACGGUACCUCCACCGUCGCCAACGACAAGAACGAGUCGGAUGUCAUCUGCCACCAGAUGCGCCAUCUCGGUCGCAAGAAGGGUAACGCUCUGCUCGGUAUCUUCCAGAAGUACCUCACUGGUCACCCCAAGGGUGCUGCUGGUGCCUGGAUGUUCAACGGUUGCUUGCAAGUGCUGAACACUGGUCUUGUACCAGGUAACCGCAACGCCGACAACGUUGACAAGAUCAUGGAGCAGUUUGACUACAUCGUCUACCCCUCUCAAGCUAUCCAGACCGACGGCAUCAAGGCUUUCUCCGUCACCUCUUUUGGUUUCGGUCAGAAGGGCGCGCAAGCUAUCGGUAUUCACCCCAAGUACCUUUACGCUGCGCUUGACCCUGCCCAGUUUGCCUCCUACAAGCUGAAGGUCGAGGCUCGCCAGAAGAAGGCCUACAGGUACUUCCACGAUGGUCUCAUCAACAACACCAUGUUCCGAGCCAAGGACAAGGCGCCCUAUGAUGAUGACAAGAUGCAAGAGGUCUUCCUCAACCCCCGAGCACGCGUUGUUGUCGACAAGAAGACGGCCACAUACUCCUACUCCAACAAGCCGGCUCCGACUCCCAAGAAGGACAAGAAGGCAGAGGAGACAACGAAGAUGCUUGAGUCCCUUACUCAAGCCACCACUUCUGCCAACACAAAGGUCGGCGUCGACGUCGAAAGCAUCACCGCUAUCAACAUCGACAACGACACAUUCAUCGAGCGCAACUUCACAAGUCAGGAGAUUGCGUACUGCCAGAAAGCUCCCAAUCCCCAGGCUAGCUUCACGGGCAAAUGGUCCGCCAAGGAAGCUGUUUUCAAGUCGCUGGGUGUGAAGGGCGAGGGCGCGGGUGCUUCUCUGAAAGAUAUUGAGAUCGUCAAUGACGAGACUGGCGCGCCGACUGUCAAGCUUCACGGCCACGCCCAAGAAGAAGGCAAGCGCGUCGGUGUCAAGACAAUCAAUAUCAGUAUCAGCCAUUCAGACGAACAAGCCGUGUCUGUCGCUAUUGCGCAGUUCUAGGCCAGUCACCUAGGGGGGCGAAAUGAAAGUCGAGGUUUUUCUAUGAUGAUGGCUUGAAUGGGUAUAUAUUCUGGAACGGAGAGCUAAAAGCCUAUAUAUGCUGGG